AUGGCAGUGAAAGUGAGCGUGGCGGACCUUGUGGGACGUUCAUUGGAGCUUGAGCUUCCUGCCACGGAAGCCGUGAGAGCCAUCAAGGAUGCAGUUGCGAAGCCGUGGGACCUGGAUCCUAUCGCCUUUCGGCUGCUAAUGCAGUCUGAGCGCAUGGAUGAAGAGAGGACGCUUGGGAGUUUCCUCAAGGAAGAUCAGAUGCAGAUUGAGGUGCAGCUUCUUAAGUUCGACCCUCUCUUGGACCUGGGGCAGUUUCUCAGCGCCGACCAUUUAGGCAUCGAGCUUUCUGGUGAUCGAUACCAGACGCUGAAGAAGACCGAAGCCUUCCCGGAGUCCAACAGUGUCUUCUUGCGCCAUGGGAUUCAGGAGCCAUGCUUCGUGGAGUUUGAAGUGGUGCGCUGCAGAGAUGAGAUGUCCUUUGGCGUGUCCUAUGACAGGCAGGCAGAGCUAACGUCAGGCCACUGGAACCUUUACCUAGACACAACCUGGAUCUUCUCAAGAAAGAAGACCAUGCCCGCUUUCUUGCUCGGGAACCAGCACUUCAACCCUCCGGAAGUUCCCGGCGUCCAAGAGGGUGACAUCAUCGUGGUCUACGCGGAUCCCGAGUCUCGCUUGGUCGAGUUCUACUGCAACACGAAGAUGGUCGGAUCCACAGAGUCUUUCGAAGUUCCCUUGCCGCCGGCUGGUGGUAGGCCUUUGUGGAUGUAUGCCAUGGUAGACGAAGUUGGUGAUGAGAUUAAGAUCAGGCGCUUUGGCCCAGGCAGGCCAUAUCACUGA